AUGUGUCCGCACAUAAAUUCUCCGUUGAGCGAUUCUGAUCGAAUAAAUAUAGUUAAUCGCCAUAAUCAAUAUAGAUCUCAGAUUGCUCGUGGGAAAGUUUAUAGCCAUUCGGGACAGCGAGCACCUCCUGGAAAAAACGUCUACAAAUUGGCCUGGGAUUGCGAUUUAGAAGAAAGAGCACAGUUUGAUGCUAAUAAAUGUGCACCGUUUAGGAAUGAUAUUCAAAAUGCUCACUUCGUCUUUCAUGUAGACAGAAGCCUUGCCACUCAAAUACCAAUGGCAAUUGACUCAUGGUUUAGGGAGUUUAUUGAUGUGGGAAUAGCAGACUCUAAAAACCGUUUUACUAAGGAGGUUUUAAAAAGUGGAUUAGCAGAAUUUUCAGCGCUCGCCUGGGGAAGUUCAACUGCAGUAGGCUGCGGAUUCUCAGAAUGCAGUAAAAGGGAAUUUCUCGCAGCAUUUCUUGUUUGUCAUUACCAUGAAAAAGGUAAUGUCAUAGAUGCACCUAUUUAUCAGGUUGGAAAACCAUGCAAAAAGGAUGAAGAAUGUACACUGUUUAAAGGUUCUAAAUGCUCAAAACACGAAGGCCUAUGUUACGUUUCGGAAAAAAAACCAAAGAGGCGAGAACCUCUCAGUCGCUAUACUCUUCAGAAGGAGAAAGAUGUAAUUUUACGUUACGACAUAUCUUUUCAGAUAUUGGGUACCGUGAGCGUGAACGUGACAGGUCCAGAAAUGACAGGGAAAGGAGAAUGGAUUCCAGAAGAUUUUCCAAGAAAAUUACGAGAUGCAGUUGUGGCAAAAGAAGAAAUCGGACAGAAGCGCCCUCAAGAUGAAUUUGGUGCAAAAGCAAAAACUAGUAAAACAAAGCAGCAGCAAAAGUUUCAAAAAAGGUAUUGGUGUUGGUCACAGUUGCAGAAAAAGGUAGACCAAGUCAGAAGACAACAGGCAAACGUCAAAAGUACAAUCUGUAACGAAACUAUUUGUUCAUGA